AUGCGUAAAAGAUUAGGAGGAUUACAUGCUGAUAGUCUGGAGGAGUAUAUCCAACUUGCUAAAAUAUCUUGGCAAUAAGAACUAGUCUUCUAUGAAACACAAUAAGAAAUUGCGGGUUAAUAGAGAGUGUUUGAUUAUUCAGAAAAAGAGACAAAUGUAAAUAUAAUUUAUUAAAUAUUCGAUAGACUACUUCAAUUGAAGAAGAAUAGGAGAAAAUAGAGCAGAGCAAUAUCAAUAUAUUAGUUAUAGACAAUCUUGAUAAAAUUGAGCAAGUGUUUAAAUAUUGUGGAACAUUUAGAAAGUCGAAGAAAAAUUAUUAUCUAGAAUAUUGUUCAAAAUAGGAAAUAACAGAUUCUAAGGAAAUCCAUUUUCAUUUUUGGAUUAUCAAUUCAACAAGUGUAAAAUAUUAAGAAUUGAUUGACAGUAUAUAACUUUAUCAAAUAAGGAUAGUUUAUUAUAGAACUGCCGAUUGUUAUCUUUAUUUGAAUAAGAAGUCGAAAGAACAUUAAUUUUAAAAAUUUCUUGAAAAAGUAAAAUUACUAAAUAAGAGCAAAAAUAAAAAGAUAUUUAAAAUUGGAAACUAUAGAAGAAUUAAUGUAUUAAUAAAUUAAGAUAAUUAUAGAGUUAGCAAAAUCUAGAACUUAUAAAGUAGAAUGAUAUAGUAACGUUAAGAAAUUUAUAAGAGGCGUUGAAGAGAAUAGGACAAUACUAUUUUUGA